AUGAUGUGCGGGGCAGUGGCCUGGUGCUUCGCGUUCACUGUGGUGUUCGUGCUGGAGUGGGUGCUCGUCGCCAACCCGUCAAGCGAGACAUACCAAUUCUGGUUCCCCAGCGGCAGGGGCUACAUCGCGUCAACCUUCUCGAACUUGAGCCACAGACAUUCGUCAGUACAGGGUCGUAUAUUCUCGAGCGUUGGUCUUGUGUCUGCGAUCUCGAUCCAGACAAGCUGGUACACGGAGCUCCUCCGGAAUGUGUGUACGCACCAGCAGCGAAUGAUAUUGCCGUUCGGUAUGGACGUGCGCUGGACUUGGUUUCGGCUGGUAGCUCCGACCAUGGGGAUUUUGUUGAUAACUGGAGUCAACACGGUUCCAAGACUCGCGUGGAUGCAUUCGCCUGGCAAGAGCCUGCUUGCUGGAGUUGUUGUGAAUUCUUUUGGCUGCUGGACGAUAUUCGUCAGCUACAUACUUUCUGAGCUGCAUUGCCUGGGCUAUUGUGAGUUCUUGACAUUGAAGUGCAGUGACCACGGAAGUUUGCCAGAUCUGUGUGAUACUGAGAGGAGGUAUCGGCUCUGGUCCGUUCUUGCCGGCGGGCUCUGCGGCGUGUUAUUUGUCGUCGCCCAGGUUGUGCUUUGGCUGUUGCAGCGGGGGUGUCCUGGACUGGGACUCUCAGGGCUGCACGGGCUCCUCAAGGUUCACUGUGACGAGUGGGCCCAGGUGGGCCAGUAUGUCGGCCUCGACGCCACGACUCAGAGGUGGGGUCUGGUGGCCCCUGAUUACGAUGGCAGAAAAGUUCAGAUCGUCGACGACCCAGAGGUGAUCAAUACGGCUUCUGGCAUAAUAGUGUAUGUCAAGGCCUUUUCUCUUUGCUUUGAGUUCCUCGGAAUGGUGAUGUACUGCCUGAAUGUUGUUGCUAUCUGGUAUUAUUGUGAGGAGAGGCACUUUCCCCGAAAGUACCUGUACGUCGAGGAUCUCGACGACGCGAUCGAGUGGUUUGAGACGACGUUGCCUGAGGCGUGGGAGCCGCCAGCUGCGCUCGAGACCCUCGAGACCGCCGACCGACGGCACAGUCGCGACGUCUUGGAGCCGUCGUCCGCCGUGGAGGCCAGCUAG